UUAUGAUAUCUACAGAUUUGUACGUGGUACUCAUAAAAGCUUGAAUUCAAGUGUUAAACAUAUUUAUUUGGAUUAUUCGUUCCCACAGACAGUUUUAUACAAAUGUAUGUCUGCCCACUAACCAUACAUUCUAUUGAACGAUCGUCAUUGUCUAAUAAAAAUCCAGACUUCAACAAAACGUGACGAGGUAUACGGAUUUCAAGCCAUGGCAUCUUUGUUGGACAACCAUCUGGUGGCAUUUCUUCAACAAACUCUGAUAAAUGUGAUGUUAGCGGCUUUCACAUUUCCUGCACUCGUCACUUCAGCAGUUUCAGGGACAACGAUUUCGGAUUGUAAACUUCAACUUACCGAAGCAUCCCUCAUUCUGAUAUGUAUGCGUUUGAUAUUCUACCAAAUGGAUUCUAUUACUGCUAGUAUUUCAAUCAGAUGGGAGAUUGUUUUUGACGCUAUUAUAUGGCUACCUCUGGCUUAUAUGAAGCGUUCUGAGGAAUAUCUGAGCAAUGCGACUAGUGGUGAUAACAACUUUUCAAACUUUGUUUACCUUUUAAUUCUGCUUUUACUGUUUGUGUCAUCGUUUAUAUCCCGACGACUUUUAGAAAGCGUUUAUGGAUUUCUUUGCACUGCUUUUAAGACCAUCAAAACAAUCAGUGAGAACGGUUUGUACCAGAAUGUACUGUUUAUUGUUGUGUUCGUGGUUUGGUUCUGUUUAACUACGGUCUUACUUAUAGCUUUUAUUUUUAUCCCGGAAAGAUAUGUAUAUUUUCACGAGCGCCCAGUGAUAGUCCAUAACGCUGAAGAGAUAAUGACAAAUGAUUGCAUAACAUUUGAAACAUUGAAACAUUUUCAAGAACCAAUUCUAAUCUAUUUUGACGAAAGUGACUUAACUUGUAAUGUUUCGACAUAUGCAAGCACUCAACGAAAUGGGACGUGUACCCUAAAUGAUAUCUACCAGGAGAAACGAGUCAUUUCAGAAGAGAUAAUUAAGAAAAAUAUAAAAGUAUGUAAAUCUGUUGCUGGUGAGGACUUUGUGAUUUACCUGCGAUUGCCAAAUCUUGAAACUGGCAAAGAAUUUAGAGCAAAUUGGAAGAUGAAUGGUAGCAAUAUAGCAAAUCGCACGUCGAAAUAUGACUUUCUGAGUAAAUUCAGAAGUUGAACGAAUACAUCAGAAAGUCACGUCACAUUCUACCUUAUAAUUAGAAGAGUUAAAAUUGAAGACUUUGGACUAUACGAGUUCUUUAUUGAAACGGUUGAAAUGGGAACGCCUAUAGAAGACCCAGAGGAGAUAGUCGUUAGAGCAUUUCGAGCAGGUAAAUUAUACAUAGUUAACGAAGAACAGAGGCAAGAAAUCGUCGUAAAUGCGAAAGUAGGACAUAUUGUUCAUUUGAAUAACAUUUUUAAAUAUUCCUUCGAUUUUGAGUCUGCAAAAGUACUCGAACCCGAGGGUUACCGUCCUCUUCUCGUUAACGACAGACGUCAUAAUCGCAAGUAUUAUGGAUUCGCUUAUCAUUUUCGAGAACAAAGUCUCGAGGAACUUUGUCCUGUGCAUACAUCGUGCAUUCCGUCCAUUGAAAUAACUAAAGGACGCCCUCAAUUAUAUACAGUCGAUAACGUAAUCAAAAAUGGUGUAAAUACGAGCUACGUGAAUGUUUCAUUUUGCGUGUGCCCAGAUGCAUACGGUUUUCUUAAAUUGUAUUUUGUAGACAAAUUCAAGGCAAGAAGAUUAAGGGCUGCAGUAACAGUCGAGCUGUCACCACCCGUGGACGAAUUCUAUAAUCCGGAUUAUAGAACCUUAUUUGAGGCCAUUUCGAGAUCGAAACAUGUGAUUUAUGAAACAUUUCAUUAUAUAUACAAGAAUGGUGAUCUUUUCAAAGUGUUUAUAGCGGACAAAUAUCGCCUCUAUAAGUAUAUUGUUAAAGGAGAAAUAGUAACAGGAACUUCGUUUUUUAUUGUAUAUGCGAGUAUUCAGUUCAUCCUAACGGCAAUAAGCAAACGAAUCAUUUAUGUAAUUUUCCAUUUUCAUCGCCUUCUUAAGAUUAAGCUAGCCAAGUCCAACAGCAAAUGCUGGAACAGGGUAUAUGACGUGUACUUGCUGUACAGCGAUAGUUCAGACAAUGACAUGGCAAUUGUUCGAGAAACGUUGAUGGCUGCUUUCGAUCAGGGGCAAUUAAAAUACUUUGACUGUUCGGACGAUAACUUGGAAGGAGGAAAUCGCACGCGACAAUACCGAGAAAAAAUGAAACUGAGUAAAUCCGUCCUCAUUUUACUGUCUCAAGACUUGAUGGAUGACGAACGCUGCCUUAGUGAGCAAGUGGACCAAGUUUUGUGUUCUCUCAUUCAGGAAGGAAUAGUUUCUGUAAGUGACGUCAUCGUUCUGACAGUGGGUCAUUUGGAACAACUGCUUACGCCCACAUUGAAACUCUUCGGGCGUAUUAAAUGGAAUAACAUAACAGAGGAAAGCAGAUUAACAGAACUAAAGGACAAGUUGAUGACUGUAAUCAUGCCAAGAAGUUCGAUUUUCAUGAAACUAGACAGGAUUUUGCGGGUCAUUGAAGUGUACUGCUUCACUGAAAUUUGAUUUCAUGAAGUACAUGAAAAACGUUCCCUCUGCAUAUGUAACGUUUACUCGAUAUGUCAUCUUUAGUCUUAUCGCUUAUACAGUUUUUGCAGAGAUCAUGUAGGCUCUUCUAUGAAGAAUUCUCUUCCGACAUACAUUAAAUGUCAAG